AUAGAGGCGGCAGUUCAGUUCUGGAAAGAAGGGGGAGACAACAAAGCGGAGUACCUGGAGUUAUGUCAGAUGAUAGACUCGUCAGUUGACUUCCUAUGGGGAAAAUGUGAAGAACUAGAAGAGGGUAAAUUAGCUGUUACAGAUAAUCAUCUCUCACAGGCAUCUUGCGAUCAGCUUGAUAUGACCUUUCAGUCAGCUACACCAACACGGAACAGACAACCAGCGGAGCCUGUUCUACCUACAGGUGAAACCCAGCUGAAGCCGGUUUUUGCAAGAAUUGCUGCCAUAGAAGACUCUCUGUGCUCCUUUCUGAGCAAUGCAGAGCAGGUUGCUCAACAGCAAAGUGGCAUUGAUCAACAACUGAAGGAAAUAUUGUCGAAACUGUCAGACAAUCAGCCAAGCUCAAAGUGUAAAAAAGUAGAUCAAGUAAAUGAGAUUAGCGACACACGAGUUCCGUUACACCAAGGACAUGAGACAAGAUUACAGAGCCUCGAGAAACAGCUGCAGGAGUUAUCUACGGCACAAGAUAGAUUGAGGGUAGAAAUGGAAUCUCAAGCAGAACUGACGGAGAAACUUGCUCACGUGCCUGGACAGCUGGUGGCUAUGAAAGAAAACAUUGAUGUAUUAGAGGCGAGAAUUUGUAGAAAUAUGGAUAACUGUAGCAACAAUCAUCAGGAUAUAGCGAAUUUCACUCAUGACCUGGCAGACAAGGUCAGAGCUAACACAGAUACAGUCCAGGACAUAUCAGAGUGCCAAGAUCAGAAAAUGACCUCUCUAAGACAAUUUGAGAAAAGGAUGAAAACAAUGGAAACAGACAGUUGGAGAAGUGUGAAAGAAAUUCAGCAACAGGUUAAGAAAUGGAAGUCAAAU